AUGGUUACAAGCGUGUGCCCCUGGUUGAUCACCAUAGGUAUCGUGUCCGCUUCGUUGGGCUCUGCAAUGGGAAGCCUUGUCAGUGCGUCGAGAAUUUUUCAGGCGGUAUGCGAAGACAAAUUAAUUCCCCUUAUUACGUUCUUCGCGAAAGGAUAUGGUCCGGGAAACGAUCCACGAAGAGCCUAUGCCCUCUGCUUCCUCAUUACAAUCGCUGUCUUAAUGAUAGGCAAUUUGAACAUCAUAGCCCCAUUCAUAUCAAACUUCUUCCUCUGCGCUUACGCUCUGGUCAAUUACACCUGUUUCGAGGCCAUUUUCUCUCAAUCUCCAGGAUUCCGUCCGGCUUUUCGAUUCUAUUCGCCAUGGUUGUCACUGCUUGGAGCCAUCAUGUGUGUCUCAAUCAUGUUCAUUAUGUCAUGGCCAACAGCACUGCUCACCUUCGCGUUCUUCAUUGCUGUCUACGCCUUUAUAAAACGUUUAAAACCAGACAUCAACUGGGGCACAUCCACUACGGCUACCACGUACAAACAUGCUUUUAAUGGAGUGAUGAAACUUACCAAGAACGAAACUCAUGUGAAGAAUUAUCGCCCACAG